AUGCUACGCCGUAGCUUCACGCUUCGUCGGGUGAGCCCCUUCUCACUCUUCCAGAAGCACUUGGGUAAGACUGGUGUAUUGAAGGGCCUCAAGAACCCUUUAAAGAAAUCAUCGGAGCUGUACCGGAGGCUCUCUACGCCGGAGCGGAAGAUGUUCGAGGAGCGCGCGCGCCGAGUGACAUACCCUGCCCUUGACGCGUACAACCGCUUUCAGAAGCAGUACGCGUCCCGCUUCGUGCACUUGCCCAUGAAGCAGCGCCAGCGCAAGGUGGCCCAGGUGUGGGCGGAGUUGAAGAUGAGCGGGAAGUUGAAGAUCCCCAAUGUCGCUGCGCGCAAGAUCAAGGCGGCGGCGAAGAAGAAGGCGGCGAAGAAGAAGACGAAUCGGUCGAUCUCGACACCCUCAAAGGUGGCUGACAAGAAGUCUUUGAAGUAG